UGCAAAUAAUUGCAUGCCAGUGUGCAUUGGCUCAUUUUAGUUACACUCGAAGUAGAUUGGCCUCUCUAGCGAGAUUCCUAUUCGUUGGUCUGUCUGAAGUACUUCAUACAUGACCGACUGAAUGGGAACAAUGAUUAGGAUAUAUAGCAAAAUUUGGAUUGGUGCAUGUUGAUCCAGAAUUUGCUUCAUCUGAAGUCCUUGCAGGGGUUGGUGUCAUCUCUUCACGUCUUCAUAAGCUGCUGUUCAUAACAUUAAGCAAAGAUAGUCGUGUGCAUUUCAUCUGAUAUAAUUGGAGUAAAAGGAUAUGAGAUGAAUUAUGUGAAUGCUUGGCAAAAGAAAUGGUUUUUAAUCUAUAUUUAAACUGGGAGAGUGUCUGAGCCCCAAACAUUAUCAGGAAGGCUAUUCCAGAGUUUAGGAGCCAAAUGUGAAAAUGCUUUCCCUCCUUUAGAAGACUUUGAUAUCCUAGGUAAUACUAGAAGCCCAGAGUUUCGUGAUCUUAAAAUGCAUGAUGGAUUGUAGGGCAAUCGAAGAUCAGUUAAAUGCACAGGAACUAAACCAUUUUGGGUCUUUUUAUAACAUAUGAAAUAUGAUUUUAGAAAGACAAGUUGCUGUCUAUGAUGAGGCCUGAAUCCUGACUGAUUUUUUUUUUUUUUUUUUUUUUUUUUUUUUGCAAGAACGAGCACAAUUGGUCUGACACAACUUUUUGUAGUAUUUAAGACAUAAAAUAAAAAUUUGAAAUGGGUCUAUAAUUUGCUAAUUUAUUUGGAUCUAAUUGUGGUUUCUUAAUAAAAGGCUUAAUGACUGCCAGCUUGAACAGUCUUGGGACAUGACCUAGAGAUAAAGGCGAGUUAAUAAUAUUGAGAAGAGGCAACAGGUAACAAGUCUUUCAGUAGUUUAGUGGGUAUUGGAUCUAAUAAACAUGUUGUUGGUUUAGACGCAAUGAUAAGUUUAUUUAGCUCGUCCUGUCCUAUAGUUGUAAAGCACUGCAAUUGUUCUUGAGGGACGAUAAAUGAGGCUGAAUCAUAAAACACUGACAAAGGUUGUACAUUUACAAUUGUAUUUCUGAUGCUUUUGAUUUUUUAUUUAUUUAUUUUUUUCAGUGAAGAAAUUCAUAAAGCCAAUACUAUUAAAGUGUAAUGGAAUUUUUAGUUCAGGUUAUGUCUGUUUAUUUUUUAAUCUAGCCACUGUAUUAAACAAGGAUUGGAUUGAACUAAACCUUGGAUUGUUUUGGUUAUUAUCUAUGAGUUUGUGGAUAUGCUUGGCCCUGGCUACUUUUAGAGCCUUUUUAUAACGGGAAGUGUUGUCUUUCCAUGCAAUUCUGAAGACCUCGAAACAAGUUUAGCUUUAAAACUAUGUCAGUCUUUUUUGACUGACUUUGCAUUUGAGUUUGUAAUAAAAAAUUUGAAUAGGUAAAUGAUAACUGAAUAAUAACAGAAUUUUAGAAUCAGAAUCGAAUAUUUAUAAUCUGUUUAUCUGUCUGUCUUUCUGUCUAUCUAUCCCUUUCUAGUGUAGGUCUGAGCAGCGUGUAAAUGAGUUCAUCAUAUUCAUUCACAAUAUUCACAUUAUACCAGGGCUGAAAAUGACUGUGGCUGUGAGUUUUUUGCAAACUCGUUACUGUAGGUUUAACAUUUCUAACUACUUACAUCUCACUUUCUGACUGCUCGGUUCUGUAACAGUAAUGCCCACUUUUUUUUGUUUGUUUGUUUGUUUGGCCAUCUCAGUCAUUUUGACAUUGACCACCACUGUUUGACCUCUGAUCAGCUCAGAUGAGAAAGUCUGUUAUUGGCAUUGUGCAAUAUCUUUGCAGCACUAACGUACAGUUAUUAUUAGGUAAUUAUUUCAUCAUUAUUAUACACGGCCAAGUGUACCAGAGUAUCAUAAUAUUUUAAACCCUUUUGGAGUCCACAGUGUAAAUGCAUACAUAUAAUCAUAUCAUCAGUCAAAUAUUUGCAGUACUAUGUUUGUUAGUUUCUGAUAUAUCAUGAUGGUCUAAUGAUAAAUGAUGAGAAAUUAGUGAUCAGUUUAAAAAUUUCAAGCCAAGUCAAAUUUAUUUGUAUAGCACCUUUCACAAUACAUGUUGUUUCAAAACAGAAAUCAUCAAGUGUCACAUGAUGGCAGAGAACAGUGAUAUCAUUGUGUCAGAAAAGAAGAGACAGAGCAAAGACUCUAUUUUAGACUUCAGUUCUGGUGAGGACACAUCAAUGCCAAUAAAAGAUGCCAGAUUGUCAGAAGACUCAUGUUUAAGAUCUGAAUGUGAGAAUAUAAAUGAAAACCAAAGACAGGAGAUAUACAGUGCAGGAAAUGAUGAGGGAACAUCUGAUAUGUUACCUGGAAAGAAGAACUCCAUCAGCUCUAUCAAUUCAACUGACUCAGGAUAUAUUCAAGAAAAGGCUCAGGCCAUUUGCUUUAACUUCGAAUAAGACCAGCAGCAUGGACACAAGCCAUGCACCCCUAAAUUUGACUGGCCACUCCAGGUGCCAGCCCAAAUAUCCGUAUGGUUCGUGAUUCAGUCAGAAUUAUUCAGACAGAUAUCACUCACACUCAUUCUGAACUUUUUCUCAUUCAGUAAACAGUAACGGGGUACUUUCAGGUGGUUAGAUUUCUUUUUCUCUAGCUUUGAGUUCAGAUAAUUUCUCUGCAGAUAAGUUUAUGUAGCUACAUUUUUUUUAGUAACACCGUCCUAGACCUGGGUUAGAGAGGAACCACCCAUCAACAUUUCAUCAUCUGACAGACAUAAGUCAAUAACAUCAUCUGAACCAUUUCACAUUAAACACUUAAUUUUGAUGAACUGUGAGGAAAAUGUAUGCAUGCAGGAAAUGUAUGCAUGGGAUAUACUUAUAGGCUAUUUAGAUUCAAAGACUUAUUUAAAAAAAAAAAAAAGUUAGGGACAGGUUUGGUGGAAUGGGUAGAUUUAAGGGUGGGUUAAGGUGUAAGGGAUGGGUCAACAGUGUAACUAUAUAUGUAAUUAC